CUGACAGUUCUCUCAACCAGCUUUCCCCUGGGUCACGGCGACUCUGUCUUCCGUUAACCCUCAAAAUGACCACGAACACAUCCAACAUCGUCUUCGACGACAUGUUCACAAUCAGUGAUAUCGACAAGGAAGGGAAAAAGUUCGAUCGAGUCUCGCGGCUAUAUGCCCACUCCAAAAACUACGACAUGGAACUCACAUUAGACUACAACAUUGAGCUCUACCCGCUACAAAAGGACCAGUCACCAGACGGCAAGGGAAGGAGGGGACUGGAGGACGACUACGAGUAUGUUAUGUAUGGGAAGGUGUACAGGUUCGACGGUGGAUCACAAGAGAUUGACCGUCUAUGCGUCAUUUGGGGUCUUUUGAUGUCCUUGACGGGCUCAUUCCGGCACUUAACAAGUAUCGUGCUCGGGGAUCCUGUAUACAUACUCCUCCGGAAGUAGGCUAUGCUGCCCUGUUUGUCGUCGCUGUGCAGUUUGGUUUGUUGUAUCAUAUGGCUGAUACGUUGCAUUGUUCCUAUGUAAGCUGGCCGCCCAUCACAAGACCCCCGGGAGCCGAUCAGACCUGAGCUGCUCUGUGUCGCGAAUAUACAGCCC